CUACAUCUAGAGACUCUAGUCUAGAUUUAAUCUCUGUAGUGUAGUCUACUUUAGUGGUCUUUAGACUUAGAUCUAGAUCUAGACUUUACUGGUCUUUAAGACUUAAGUUUAAUUUAGUCAACUUUAGACUAGAAUCUAGAGAGCUAAUUGUCAUUUGAUUAUGGCAUCAUCUCUUGCAUCUCGUCAGUUAGCAAGUGUUUCAUUUGAGCAGGAACAAGAUGCUAACUCAGCUCUAACGGAACUAGACAAAGCUUUAAGAUCUGGGCAGAUAGGGAUACAAUGUGAGGCAGUUGUCAAGUUUCCUAGACUUUUUGAAAAAUAUCCUUUUCCUAUUCUGAUCAACUCAGCCAUACUUAAAAUUGCGGAUCUUUUCAGGGGAGGAAACAAUUUCAUACGUCUGUGUGUAUUGCGAGUCACCCAACAAAGUGAGAAGCAUUUAGACAAGAUUUUUAGUGUUGAUGAAUUUACAAGAAGAAUUUUUGGUGUUAUUCAUAGUAAUGAUCCUGUUGCAAGAGCAGUAACACUAAGGACCCUAGGAAGUGUUGCAAGCAUCAUUUCAGAGAAGAAAAAUGUACACCACAGCAUUAUUCUUUGUCUUGAUUCCCACAACCCUGUUGAAGUGGAAGCAGCCAUAUUUGCAGCUGAAAGAUUUUCAGAAAAAUCAAAAACAUUUGCUGCCAAUGUUUGUAGCAAGAUUGGUAUUAUGAUUGCUGGACUUUCUACUCCAACUGAAAUGAAGCUUAGGUUAAUUCCUAUUCUACAGCACAUGCACCAUGACACAGAGACAGCUGCAAAGGCUAUAGAACUAUGUCAGACUGUAUUAAGAAACUUCUCCGACAAGAAAUUCAUCACGCUAAGUCUCCAGACACUCACCAGACUGACCAUCAAGUCAUUACCUAAUUUACAAGACCAUGUUGUAAGACUAUUGGCGUUUUUGAACUCUGACCCUAGGAGUGGUGUCAAAGCAGUUUGUCUGGACAAUUUAAGAUUGCUGGCACAGCGAGCUGCCUAUUUGUGGACUGCUCAGCAUCUUGAAGAAUUAGCCAAAUUUGCCUUACAAACAUCUUCUUCUGUCUUGAAAGUUAAAUCACUGCGUGUUUUGAAUGCUGUGUGUGGAAACAUUGCAGUGUCUCUCCUCUCUCUACAGCCAGAUACCUGUGUCCUUCAAGUUUGUCGUGAAUUCUGCUAUGACCCUGGAGUGGACCUGGCUGUUCAGUCCAUUCAGCUGCUGACACACCUAGCCAAGUUUAAAUGUCUUGAAUCUACUAGUGAUCUGACUGCAGAGGCUGUAGGCACAAUACAGGCCUACGUUAUUCUCUUAGCCAAUGAUACAGACAAGAAAAAUCUUCUUUAUUUAAAAAUAGUCCUAAAGUGUGCCGUGGACAUCUGCGCAGGAAACACUGACAUCUGUGACAAAAUAGUACACACGUUGACAAGUCUUUUAGGAGUUUCUGAUGAAGUUAGUCAACUGCCUCUUUGUGAAUGUCUGGCAGCCAUUGGGUCGCAAUGCCCAACUGCUCUGGAUACAGUGGCUCCUCUGAUCCUGGCGAGUUUGGUUACCACAAUCAGCCAGAGCUCUCGUGAAGUCUCUCAAGUUCAGGUUCAUAUGUGUACUUUACUGUUCCAAGCUGGUUGCCAAAAGCCAAUGAGUGCUACUAUACAUGGUCAGGUGAUGGCCUGUAUCAGUCAAGCCAAUCAUUGGAUUGCCUAUAAAGUUGCACGUCAAGCCAUGCGAUAUUGUCAGUACCAAGUGGCCCAUGACAUACUGAAGACUCUCAAUCUCAAGGUUGUCACAGAGCACAUUCAUUAUUGGCUGCUGGCACUUCAGCAUGCUUGUGCUGCAGAGAAUAGUCUGAAACAGGCCAAAGCUGACAAUUCUGACUUGGCAUCUUGUAUAAUUGAUGCUAUUGAAAUGUAUGUCAAAAGUCAUGUCACAUUAAAGGCUGCAAGUACCCCUACCAUUCCAUUGGACUUUGCCUGCUCCUAUGUGAAUCUACGCAUGCAUUUGCUUCAAGCUCAUCACCUUUUGCUGCUGUCAUGCUCUUCAUUCAGUGCCAAGCCUCCACCUGCUAUCUCCAUAGCUUUAGCUGCUACAAAUGGGCAAGAAGGAACUCGCUGGGCUCAAGUUGUCCAACAGCUUGAGAAAUGCCUUAAAGAGUAUAAGAAUGCUAGCCUCCUGGCCACUAAUCUUUACAAAUCUGCAUUUGAUGCUGACCCAGCAUCUCUCCUGAACAUAAAUUUGAUUCAGCAAUGCUGUAACUGUAUGAAGUCUGUUAUUUCAACAAUCAUCUCCACCAUUCAAACAGGACAAAGUAACCUUGGGGAAAGACAAUUUCUAACCAGUAAAAAAAACAGCACAUCAUCUCUUUCAAUGUCCAGCACCAGUGGCACUUUGAAUGUCAUGCAAGAAAUCUCCAGUGCUUUGGAUAAACUUUUACCUGAUACAAAUUCUUCUGCUAUCAUUUCAUACAAGCUGAUGGAUAUAUUAUCAUGGUCUGUAGCUGGAUUUGUUCAUGCUUCACCAAGUUUUCCCAGAUUUUUUUUCCAGACUCUACAAAAUACAGUUGUAAAGCUAGCUGUAUCACCCCAACAAAGUGCCAACCAAGAACCUAUUCUCCUCAGAGCAGACACACAUCUGUCUUUGAAGGUUGAAGGUGUAGUGCAGCGUGGAGAGCGUCCAGCCCUCUUCAGGAAAGUCAGCUCUGUCAUUAUUUCUGUAACAACAGCCCUCAUCAGCAGGAGCACUGUACCUAGCACCAAUAUCAAGGUGAAUGAAAGUGUUAGUGUUCAUUUGACUCAAACUGUCCAGCCUCAUAAUGAUUACUUCAGUACAAGCUUUGUACUACCAUUUUCAGUCCUAGGUAUCCAUGUAGCUAAGGUAGAGGCAGGUGUAAUUGAUGAGAAUGGUGUGUUCUGGAACACAGGUCCUUGCACUAGUGUUACAGUGAAAUCUUAUGAUGAUAACAUUCAACGUCAGCAGCAGAUCAGAGCCAGAGCUCAGCAACAAUCUACUUCCAGCCUACAAGCCCACCCAGGAUCUCAUGCAAACAGCUCAAGCUGAACUCCAAGCAUUUCAAGCAGAAUUAUAAAUGUUUAAUUCAUUCCUUACAAACAGUUGAAAAUAGUUUUAUUGAAAUACACAAAUAAAAAAAAAAGUUCAGCAUGACAUUCAUCAUAGUAUAAAGUAAAAUAAAUUAAGAUGAUAACAUUUUGGUAGAGAACCCAUGAUGAGAUAACCUAUACACAAAGUCAGAUGGAACAAACCAACCUUUCAACAUCAGAAUAAAACAAAUUUGAAAAAAAUAUAAGAUGAUCAACCAUUAUAACCAUUCAGAUAAAAUAUAGACAAUACAGGUGCAAGUUACAUUGUUGACAAACAUACAGAGGAAUGCAACAAAGAUAAUUGUGUGUACACACACACAUAUAUAUGUAUAACCAGGACAGAGAAAGGUCAAGAAUUUGUCAAGAAAAUUCUUUCACUGAAACAAUUUCUUGUAAAUGUUACAACUGAAUUGUUGAAACUUAAUGUAUUUCUUAAGCUUAGAAUUACUUUGUUUUACAUGACUUUUUGAAAUAAAAAAAAAUAAAAAGCCUGAAAUGCAAUACUUGUAUCUUUUGAAGUUUUGUAAUAAUAGAAAUUGAUAAUUCAACAAAUCAAUGUUCACCUUAAUGAUAAUGUACUGAUUCCCAAAAUGGUCAAGGCAAUCAUUACAAAUAACACAUUAUAUAUGUAAUACAGCUGCCACAAACUCCUCUAGCACUCAUGUUACAGUUACAUAAUGAAUGCAAAUAACUGAUACAAUUAGUCAUGCCUGAUGUAGGCUAUGUAUUCCCACCAUAAUCAUGUGAAUGAUCAACCAUAAUGCCAUUCAUUCUUUUAUUGUACAUUAUUUGCAUAUUAGUCAUUAACACAACAACCAACAAUUAUUUCAACAUAUUCCAACUAGCCAUCCUAACAUGUCUAAAGCUGCAAAACUGUUUGAUUCAUGUGAAGGAGACAAAAGAAAUUGAAUUGAGCAAUGUGUAAGGUUCACCAUUGCCAAAUGUCUACAUAUCAAAGGCAAUAGUGGUCCAAUUAGAAAAUAAAAAAAAAAAAACAUACAUUGGA